GGACUGUUCAGGUAAAUUCAGAGAAGGUAAAAAGUACUGUUGUGUACAUAAAUACCUUCUCUCAGCAUUGUUAGUGCUUGUCUGGUGUCUAAGAUUGCUAGCAUAUGGUGGCAGGUGCCAUUUUUCAAGGUGCAUUCCUGUUCCUUCCCUGUUAGGAAGCAUAGCCUGUCCCUUCUUUGUCCUCCUGCAGGACAGUACCUGUGGAGUAAACCUGUCCAGAUUUGUCUCUGUGUAUGCACACAAUAUUCCCUAGAGCACCCCCUCCCACAAGCUGACAGAAGUAGUUUGUAAUAGGUGUGUAUUGUUUCCCAUUUUAUUCCAGGGGUGAAGCCCCUUCUAAAUGGGUUAGUCUCCUUGUUUUUUCUACAGGCUGCACACAUACUUCUCAAUGUCAUAAUGAAGUGAAGCUGAUAGUGAAGUGUCCUAGCACUUCAUUUAGAAACAAGUUAAUCGGGGUGAGGAGCAGAGACAUGCUGUGACAGUGAAAUUUGUGUGUGGAAAUGGCAUCAAAGCUGGCUGCCUGCUGUCACUGGCACCACUUGUGGUAGCCCAAACACCUGGAAUGCCAGCCCAGAUUUGGUCAUGGUAGCUUCUUUCCAGCCUGCCCCACAGGCAGAAGGAUCCCUUAUAUGCACUUCUGUGUAAGGGCUCUGGUUAGUGGAGUGUGUCUGUCAUGACCCAGAUGUGCAUGUCUGUGCAGCACUUGUUCAUGGUAACUAGGCUUGCUGUCCUUCUCUUCUUGGAGGGGACAGUUCCAUACAUUUGAGAGCUGUCCUGCAUCAUGUUAGUUAUUUGCAUUAGUCCUGUGAUUCUACUUCCUUCAGUUAUAAAGAUUUCAGGGAAACAUCUUUUAACCCAAAGGAUUCGAGAGUCACUACUAAAUCGGAACAAAAAAUCACCAAGCUGUGACUGCUAAAAGAGAAUGUAAACUUGGGGUAAUGGAAGUAACUUGUAUGCUAUAUAGGUCUGUUUACAAAUGGAGAACUUAAUUUCUUCCAUCACCAAAAAUAUAGUUUAAGCUUCCCGUUUCAUUCAAGGAAAAUAGAAUUACUGAAACUACUACUUAAAUUAGUAGUACCACUAAACUAGUGUUAAAUUUGGUGCAUCUAGAGCAUUUGAGCAAAAUGCUCCUUUCUAGCACAAAUUAUCCUCUUACUAAAUGAGCAAUUUUGCUGAUUUGCUCAAUGGUUCCACAUUCAACAUGUAUUACUGCUCCUAAGGGAUCCAAGAAAGACUGCACUAAGAAUGGAGUUUGCCUGGAAGUCAUGCCUUGUUCUACUAAAACUGGGAUUGCUAACAUGCACUUAAAGUCGUCAUAUCCAAAGUCCCAAAAGAAGGAACUUCAACUGGAGUCAAGCCAUGAGAACACAAGAGGCCUUCAUAGCCAAAAAGGGCCGUUCAGGACAGAGCAUGCUUCCCUGGGAACCACACUCGGUAACACCAAAAUUGCCCGACACCCCUUUGGGAUCAUCUCCACCAACACCCUUUGCAGCAGCAGUGCCAUCCCAUCAGUCACCAAGGUGCCUACAGAGUCAUCAUGUGAAACUAGGGUCUGGAAUGGUAAGGCAUCCUCUGUCAAGGUCUUCAAUUCUUUACUACUGCUUUCUACUGUGUCAGAAAGUGACAUGCGAAUCUACUCAGGGCAUGAUGGCGAGGGGCCUUUGGACAUCUGGGCUGUCAUCAAACCUGGCAACACAAAGGAAAAAAUAGCAAUUUUUGCUGCACAGUGUGCUCAUACUGGUGAUACUGCUGGAGACCUCACCAGGACUGUGGGCAGGAACCUUGGUGUUCGGGCAGUGUCCAUGAAGAUCAAAAGUUGCUGGGAGGUGGAAGGGUCCAUUGCUAAACGCCGGAAAUGGUCUUCAAAUCCAGACAGGCAACAGAGGCCAGAGCACCAAAAAAUGUGGCGCGAGAGUGCAAUUGAGCGGCUGUGCUUUGGUGAAAUGAUGGCUCCUCCAGCUGUCCAGUCUGAGGAACGGCAUUGCAGAGAAGUUGAGGUUGAUGGAUCAGAGGGUGGCAGGACUCUUUCAGUGGUAGAAAUAGUGGCAAAUUUUGAACAGAUGGCAUGUGACCAGCAGGUGGACUUUUCUAAACCAUGCCCCCUACGCAGUGCUUUACCAAAGGUGGGGUCAUCACUGGCUGACCAACCAGGAAGACUCCCUCCUUUGGAAGACAGGAUAGAGGAGGGCGAGUGCGUGCGGGUACUGGACAUGGUGGCUAAGCUGGAUUCCGAAUGCCUGAAGCAGCAGUGUGAAAAAGAAGCUGGAAGCUUGUCACGCAACAACAGCCUGCGCAGGAGUGUGGGUCGGGUACUGCUGGCAGGAACCGGAGCCUGCAUAGCAUCUGCACAGGGUCAGCCAGAACCUCUGCAUGAACUGGGUGAAGGUUCAAAAGGCUGUGCAGAAGCUACUAGCUCUCAAAUCCCUUCUGAGGCAACAAUUGCAGAUGGAGGGAAGGACUUUGGGCAUGGUGUUCCUUUCAAUGCUGCAGAGACCAUGUUCUCCUGCAAGGUCCAGGGCUGUAAGGUGCUUAACCUGGCACAGGAUGGAAAGUUUAGCACAGAGCCUAUGUGUCCCCCAAAGGAUGAGCGGAAUGUGGAGCUUGAGCAGGAAGAGGUGAGGGUAGGGAGCGAGCCUUGCGUUGUCAAUCGUCAGGAACCGCUCCCAGGCAGCUUGUUCUUCUCACAGCAAUUAUGUGUGAAGGAGCAGCACACUCUUCCUUCUGCCAUAGGAAGUCCUCUCCAGGUAAAGAACACAAAGCCACCAGAAUCCCCCUGCAACCAAGAGGAAGAUGGCCUUCAGUCUUACUCUUUAGUGUUGACUGAUAAGUGGAACAAAGAGAAGGUAGAUGCUGCGCAGGACAAGGAUGUUGCUGACACUGAGCGCUCCCAGUUUCCGCUUCGCCGCAUGGUCUCCCAUGAGUUCCUUGAGAUGCGUUUCAAGAUCCAGCUCCUUCUGGAGCCACAGCAGUAUAUGGCCUUUCUACCCCACCACAUCAUGGUGAAAAUCUUUGGCCUCCUGCCCACCAAAACACUGGCUGCUCUCAAGUGCACCUGCCAUUAUUUCAAGUUCAUCAUUGAGAGUUACGGUGUGCGGCCUGCUGACUCUCGCUGGGUCUCAGACCCCCGCUACAAGGAUGACCCCUGCAAGCAGUGCAAGAAGCGCUAUGGCCAGGGUGAUGUUUCCCUCUGCCGCUGGCACCACAAGCCCUACUGCCAGGCUCUGCCAUAUGGGCCAGGGUAUUGGAUGUGUUGCCAUGGUUCCCAGAAGGACACUCCUGGCUGUAAUGUUGGCCUUCAUGACAACCGCUGGGUCCCCACCUUCCAUAACAUGCCAGUGUACAAAAAAGCCAGAGACGGCGAGGAAGAUUCUUCAUGAACCAGUGUGCUUUUAUUUGUGAGGACUUGUGUGCUGGUGUGUGUCUGUAUGUGUGGAGUGUGUGCACAUUGCAGUGAGAUGGCCAGGUUGCUGACACUAAUGAGGAAUUGCUGGACCUCCAUCACAUGUUUUUCUGGGCAUCAAGCCCCAUCUUGCCAUCUCAAGCCUUCCUCCAGUCCUCUGAGGCUGUCAGCACUUUAGCCUUGCAAGACAAAGAAGUUUGGGUACUGCUUUUGUUUUGUUUCUUCUAGCAUUACUUAAUGUAUUUAAAUGAGAAUCUAACAAUGCUUUAAAAUUGAUUUUGAGUUACAGAAUGCAGAUGGGGUGUGAAUCUUUACUACAGUCAAGUAUUAAAGUGAAUAUGUAUUCAUUCAUUAAUGCAGUUUUGUAUCCACCUCACAUACCCCCCCCCCCCCCCCCCCCCAAGAACAAAAAUGGUGCAGAUGAGCCACAGGACUUUUGCAAUUGCUGUGAAUUUCUCAUCUUCAUCACCUCUCUGCCUUGGUUUCGCACAGUGAUCAAUCAUGGAACCAGUGAUGGAAUUGUUAGCAAGACAACCUCAGGCUGUCUUCUCACAGUGAGUGAAGACUCUCUCUCCUGAGCCCUUUGUGUUUACAGUGUAUAUAUUGCCAAAUCAUAUUGAUACAGGGUCAGGCACUUAUAGUACUUGCAAGCUUUUGUCUUUAGGUGAACCUUUUUUAAUAAAAAAACCUGUUUAUGUACAUACUAAAGAGAUUGCAUAAAGAUGUGCAUAGUUCAAGUGCAGGCAUAGCCACCUGUCUUUAACCAUUGGCAGUGUUUUACAAUUUUUUUCCUUUUUUUUGGGGUUUAGUCCUUGCAUGAUAAUCCACUGUAAGGGAAACAUUUAACUAGGGAAAUAGGAGUUAAUCUCCACUUUCUGUUCCUUAAUGGCUAUAACUGGAUAUUGGAUGGAAAACAUGAGGAUGCAUAACAAAGGACAAUAUUGAUAGUUUCCUUUUUUAAAAAAAAAAAAUCAUUGUGGAAUGGCCAUGAUAGACAUUCUGCCUGUUCAGGCAUUUUACUUCAAUAAACUGUUUCUAAAGGCUUUGUCAGCUAUUGUUACCUCCACCCACUGUCUAGUCUAUCACCACUGUCCUCACCAGGGUUACAAUAUUCUUAAUAUUGCACAGUGGUGACAUGGAAUGUUGUCCAGGAAAAAGGGAAUGAUUUAAGCCUUAAUGAACAGUGGAUCUUAACUCUUCCUUCCCUCUUUGAACUCCAGAUUGUGGUCUGUUUCAAACUUUGUAAAUAAAGAACAUUUCAACACUUUGAGCUAGUGUUCUUUAUGGAAUGAGUCUCUGGUAAUAGUCACUGUGUUUUAAUGUAUAAAAGUUUAUUGCUUGUUGUUUCAUGAGGGUGGCUCACUGUAACAAGAGCUGCAUUUUCAUCAGAGGGGUUGUGGCAUGUCUUCUGUUGGAGUCAUGUGUUCCAUUUUGAAGUGACACUUUGAAAGCACUAUAGCUAGAAUAUGCACAGCUGAUGUUUGUGGGUUUGGUACAUGAUUAAGUGAAAGACCAUUUUUAUUUUGAAGUGUUCAAAUGGUAGGUAUCAAAGCAAAUCACUUAACUACCUGUAUCCUUUUGCCUGACUGAGGCUUUUCAGUGUAUGGCCUUCUGCAAAAUGCACAAAAGUAAAACUGGCUCAAUACUACUAUGCAAUAAAAUGCACUGGGAAAAGAUGUCCAGUUUCAGCUGGUUUUAUAGUGCUCUCAACUGGUACUAGUAUGAACAUACGGUGCAACAGGUAGUGCUAGGUGGCAGUUUGAAGGUCUUUGACUCAAGUAAUUCCUGCUACAGUACCCUUUAGCAGGUUACUGCCUCUU